AUGGCUGAUCAGACUAUACAGCAAAUGCAACGACGGGAGGAUCGAGUACGUCCGUCGGAAGAGGAGAUAGAGGAGGGAUCCUCAGAUACUCAAACCUUCCAGGCCCCUGAUCUACCUAACCGGAAUUCAUAUCAGAAUAGAGAUCCCGAGUCAGUCUCCGCGUCUUCCAGGUCUGGCCAGUCCCCGUUUACGCCGGCUUCUUUUGUCAAGAAUUAUCAGGACACUCGGGGUUUGUCGCUCGGUGCAGCUUUGAAUCCAGAUCGGCCUGCCGAGGGAGAGCCUUCAAGCCCUUUGGGUAUGCUCCAGCAGAGUUUGCCAGAAGCAGUUAACCCGACGAGAAAGUAUGACCCUGUCGAUAUGGGACUCAUUAGUCGGCCAUCCGCACAGAAUCUGUAUGAAGGGUUCUUCAAGCACUUCAACUGUCUCGUUGGACUACUCGAUCCCAACCUUUAUACAUUCUCAUACACGAGAUCUAGAUCAAAUCUGCUGUUCACCAUGAUUCUCACCAUAUCAUCACGAAUAUUUCAACCAGAGUCCCACAGGCACAUAAGAGAUCAUGCCGAGUCUCUUCUAGGCAGAGCCCUCCUAGCCUGUGAUUCUGCAAUCGAGAACAUCUGGGCCAUCAUCUGUAUGUAUCACUGGAAAGACGCAAACGACACUAGGGGCUACACCCUGAUCGGAUUCGCACUUCGCAUGGCGGCUUCAGCAGAAUGGAACAUGACGCGCAGAAGCGUAUCUUACGAAACGCACGAGUCGGGAGAGCUGCAGGUGCGGCAGAGGAGAGAUAAAGACCGCGUAUGGCUGGCGUUGCGAAACAUUGACCGGACAUCAAGCUACUUCACUGACCGACCUCUAUCAACAACCAUGGUUCUGGAGGAUGUAGCCUCUAGACAGUGGAUGGGCCUGACAGAAUGGACAUAUCUACUGGGAGAUGGCAAGGCAGUUGGUGGCCAUGAGCUGACAUGUAUUGCCAGCAAGCUGUAUGAGAGCAUGAUGAGAACUCGUGUCGACUCUCGUGUUUCUCAAUCACCGCUCGAUUUCGAGACGUUUCAGAAGGAUAUGGAUGACUUUAACAACAGGAUCGCUGAAUGGGGAGACUAUUGGCAGGGUAAAUUCGCUACAUUCCCCAACCCGGAGCCUUUCCAAACACCUUUGAUCUACCUCUUUAGAGAUUACAUGCGUCUUUACUUCAACUCGGUGUUUCUACAUCGAUUGCUCGUCUUAGGAAAUGGAUCUACGCCACAUGAUCUGAUAACUCACACAGCUCGAGUUUGUUUCUGCAGUGCAUUAAGCGUACUGCGACAGGCUAUCGAAUUGGGAGAGUUGGACACCAUCUACUACCUUUGGGAUACAGCCCACCUGAUGAUCGCCUAUUCAGCAAUGAUGGUCCCAAAACUAUUGCGACAGGAUAUCGACGAGUCAUCAGUCUCGAAGACCGAAGCCAUUAAUACGCUUAAUCAGGUUACAUCUGCAUACGUCAAUGCAGCCAAGUCAAUGGACCACUCUGAUCCACAGAACAACACUGUCUUGGCUCAAGCCCAUCUCCUCUCUGCCAUCCUAGCGCGGAUGAAAGCCGAACUGACGCAAGCAAAUUCUGAUAUGAUAUCAAUGGAUAUGCAUGAAAAUCUCUCUAUCUCGGGCCUCUCUUGGAUCGAAGACCAGUUGGACAGAUCUACGUUGUUCUCUGACGCAAGAAUGGAACCAUCGUUGUCGGAGUACGUUAAUAUGGAGGUUCAAAACGUCGAAGGAAUGAGCUCGUUUAUCCCGCAGAUGUACGAGGAGCUUGAUCUCGUGUUGGAUGACGACUUUUUGAACGCGAGAUAUUUUGAGGCGGGGUUGCUGUCACGGAAUGAGCCGGGUAUUUUCAUACAGCCUCAUUAG